AGUCCUGCUAACUCAGCUGAGAUGGACACAUCCACCCUCUCCAAAACUUUUAAGCCUACUCCUGAUCUCAAUCAAGAGUCUUCGAACUCCAGGAUUAUCUUUGCCUUAUUUGAGAUUGAAUCACCUUCCUUUGUCUCCUGGGGUUCUUUCCCUUCCCUAAACAAUAGUGGCCGUCAAGCAGCUCAACAACAGACUACACAGAAAUUUGAAAAUCUCUUAAAAGAAAUUAAAGAGCUAAUUAAAAAUGUGACAAGUUGUGAAGAGAUCACAGAAGCAAAAGAUUCAUCUGAGGAAACCAGUAUUUCUGAGAAUGUAUCAGAACUGAAAGAACAAAUCAGAGAACUUGAGAAGGUAAACAAAGUAUUAUUGAACAACCUGCUUGGUAGUUCAGACCUAGAGAAAGAACAGAACACAAAAAACGAGGAGAUGACCCUGGUACAUCAGAACUGCAGCGACAUGGUACCAGUUUUUAGAAGGGAUUUGGUAAAUUGUCUAGAAGAAAAUAGAGCCCUUAAGGAAACUCGACUAAGUGAGGAAAAAGCAACAUACAGAUUCCCUCCUGUUCAAGAAGAAAACAUCAAACUUAGGAACAACAUGGAGCAGUUACUGCAGGAAGCAGAACACUGGAAUAUGCAACACACUGAGCUCAGUGAACUGAUAAGAUCUUAUCAGAAAUCUCAGAAAGAUAUACAAGAAACUCUUAGAGAUAAUGGAGUGCAUUUCCAAACUCAACCAAAUCACGACAUGUCAGCUAAGCAUGACCUGGAGGAACAAGUGAAGAAACUGGAACAUGACACGUAUUCAUUGCAUUUGAUUGCAGCUUUGCUGGAAAAUGAAUGUCAGAUCUUGCAGCAGAGAAUAGAGUUUCUCAAGGAAGUCCAUGAUCAGCAAGAGGGAACUCUGCAAGAGAAGCCAAUUCAGAUAAACUCUGAACAGGACAAGAAAAACCAGAUGCUAUCAGAAGUAGAGCAUAAGCCAAAAAUGCAAGAAAGAGAGGGUACAUUGCCAAAAAAAGAUAAAUUCUACAGAGGCCUGGAUGCUUCUAAUAAGAAAGCACUUAACAACCACCUCAAUACUCAUAUUGCAAGAGGAGCUCUUGUGGAAAAAAAGAGACCAACCAGCAGCCUAUCUUAGAAAAUACAAAAGGUAGAAGAAAAGGGAAGUCUUCAAAAACUUAAUACCUCAACUCCAGGCAUACUCAAUCAUGAAACCUAUGACAGAGCUAUUGGUUCAACCAAGAGGGAGCUACAGAGCAAGAAGAUUAACGCUUAACAUUAUUCAUUAUGUCAGUAGUUAUGUAAGUUUGGUGUUUCAUGACCAUUAGUGUCAAUAUCCACUUCAGAACCUGUCAUACAAUUUCCUUCUUUUGCUAGUUAUUAGAGGUCCUAUGACACUGUAACCAAGAGGGAGAAGUUACAGGUCCAAUUAAUAA